GGGCCCUAGUCUUGCUCUGCAGGCCCUAAUCACUAGGGGGCCCUAGUCUUGCUCUGCAGGGGCCCCAAUCACUAGGGGGCCCUAGUCUUGUUCGCCACCUGAGGCUCCUGCUGCCUCAUCUGGUGAGUUCAGGGCUAUAAAUUAACUUUUUUUUUGGCCAAUACAAGUUUGGCUUGUAGAUGUCAAUUGUACUAGCCAAACAUACACUCACUAUCAGUCAAAGUGGCUAGUAAGUAAACUUUCUUUUCUACCAGCCAAACUGAAUUUUCACCAGCAUGUGGCCGGCUGGCUGGUGUUAAUUUAGAGCCCUGCUAGUGUGUGUGUGUGUGUGUGAGUACACUCUCGUGUGUGUGUGUGUGAGUACACUCUCGUGUGUGAGUGUGAGAGUGUGUGUGUGAGUACACUCUCUUGUGUGAGUGUGACAGUGUGUGUGUGAGUACACUCUCGUGUGUGAGUGUGAGAGUGUGUGUGUGAGUACACUCUCGUGUGUGAGUGUGACAGUGUGUGUGUGAGUACACUCUCGUGUGUGUGAGUGCUUCAGUGAGUGCUCCCUGAGUGGGCCUCCUUGGCUGCCCAUCGCGUUGGUUCCCUGCGUUGCCAUGGGCACCCUGGGGGAGGCUGGUGUUGGCAUGCUGGGCUGCAGCAGUAGUAGCAGUAGUGCCCUGGCCGCCAGUGGGGGAGGAGGAGGAGGGGUGGGGAUGGGGGUGGUGGACCUGGUAGCGGUGGGGCGAGGAGGAGGGGGGGUGGACCCCGUAGCGGUGGGGCAGGCCAUGCUGGAGGCCCUGUGCCCCGAGUGCGGACAGGUGCACCGUCCCUGGGAGAACCACCUGUACAACUACCGGCUGGAGGUGGACGAGGACCUGGUCUGCCACAUCUGCCUGCAGCCGCUCGUCACGCCGCUAGACACGCCCUGCGGACACACCUUCUGCGCACGCUGCCUACGCAGCUUCUUAAAGGAGCGUGACUUCUGUCCGCUGGACAGGGCGCGGCUGGCGCUGCCUAGUUGUCGUCGUUCCUCCAUCCUGGUGCACAAGCUGCUGGACAAGCUGCCCAUCUCCUGCCCCCUGGCACCUGCAUGCCAACUCAGCAUGCCACGCUGCGACCUGGAGGCACACCUCAAACACAGGUGUCCGGGUACCCAGAGCCAGAGGCCGUCUCCGGACCCCCCCAGGCUGGAGUGUAUGGAGGGGGGGGGGCCCAUGGUGACCGACCCCCCCCGCUCGCCGCCACAGCAGACCACGCUGAGGGAGGAGGUCUCUCCGCCGCCGCCCCCCGCCCCCCUGCCCGCCCCCCCAGCCCCCGCCAACACCACCUGCCCCCCCAGCAGCGCAGUGCCCAUGUGGACGGAGGACUCUGGCGUGGACAACCCCGCCUUCGAGGAGAGCACCGAGGAAGAAAGUGUGGUGGGUGUGGAGUGUGCUCCUCCGCGCGUGAAGCGUCCCCUUAGCAACCCCUGUAUCCACCUGCUGCGCACCGGAAGCUCCGCCUCCUCUGGGUGGGACUGUGCCGAGUCUCCGCCCUUCUCAGCGGAGGAAGGCUGUGUGAAGCUCCCCUCCCUGCCAGAGGGGGAGAUCACGAGUAUCGAGGUGCACCGCUCCAACCCCUACAUGGAGCUGGGCAUCAGCAUCGUCGGGGGCAACGAGACGCCGCUCAUCAACGUGGUCAUACAGGAAGUGUAUCGCGACGGCGUCAUUGCACGCGACGGACGCCUGCUGGCCGGCGACCAGAUUUUACAGGUGAACAGCGUUGACAUCAGUAAUGUUCCCCACGCGGUGGCUCGCAGCACGUUGGCGCGUCCCUGCACCUCCCUCCACCUGACCGUCCUGCGAGAGCGCCGCUGUGCCGCCCGUCCCCCGUCCGCACACGCACACGCGGCUGCCACCGCCACCGCCAUCACCGGCCCCUCCCCCGCCCCCAUCCCCAUCGCACCCUCAUGCUCCGCCUCCUCCUCCACCGCCGUCAUGGCCGCCAGCCCCACUCCGCCCCCUGGUGGUGUGAAUAAUAACAGCAUCAGUAACAACAGCGGCGCUAACGGUAUCACUAUCGCUAACGUCGGUGGUGGAGGUGGCGUGGCGGUGGGCACGGGGGGUGGCAUAGCGGGUAGUGGUGGUGGUAGCGGUGGCGGUGGCGGUGGCGGUGGCAGUGGCGGUGGCGGUGGCAACAGUCCGGCCAGCCUGCGCAUCACGCUGCAGAAGCGCGACUCGGACGAGCAGCUGGGCAUCAAGCUGGUGCGGCGGACGGACGAGGCGGGCGUGUUCGUGCUGGACCUGCUGGUGGGGGGGCUGGCGGCUAAAGAUGGCCGACUCUGCCGAGACGACCGCGUGCUCGCCAUCAACGAGCACGACCUGCGACACGGAACGCCCGAACAGGCCGCUCAGAUCAUACAGGCAAGUGGUGAGAGAGUCCAUCUGCUAAUUGGUCGUCCUGGCAGUAAGCAGACCACGCCCCUGCUGUUUGGCUCCUCCAAUGGCGCGCGGGAUAGCUGGUGUCAUGACAACACCCCUCCCCUCCCCCACACGGCGUCACCCAGCCCAGUACCCAGCAUGCAACUGGUCCGACCCGGAGUUCACAGAGACCUGUCCCAGUGUGUGCACUGCAAGGAGAAGCAGAUCCUGGUGAAGAAGGAGCCUCAUGAGUCGCUGGGCAUGACGGUGGCGGGGGGGCGGGGCAGCAAGAGCGGGGAGCUGCCCAUCUUCGUCACCAGCGUGCAGCCGCACGGGUGCCUGGCGCGCGACGGACGCAUCAAGAGAGGUGAUGUCCUCCUGAGUAUUAACGGUCAGGACCUGACCUGCCUGAGCCACAGUGAGGCGGUGGGCACCCUGAAGGCGAGCGCCACUUCCUCCUCCGUCCAGCUGAGGGCGCUAGAGGUGGACCUGAGCAUCGAGGAGGCGCUUGGAGACGAGGACUUCCUGGCGCCGCACGACAACAACGAGUACGACGCCAGCUGGUCGCCAUCCUGGGUCAUGUGGCUCGGACUGCCCAGCUACCUGUACAGCAGCCAUGAGAUCGUCCUGCGCCGCAACCACCCGGGCAGCUGGGGCUUCAGCAUCGUGGGCGGCUACGAGGAGAACCAUAGCAACCAGGCCUUCUUCAUCAAGACCAUCGUGCUCGGGACGCCCGCCUACUACGACGGACGCCUCAAGUGUGGAGAUAUGAUCAUAGCUGUGAAUGGGCUGUCCACCGCGGGGAUGAGUCACUCUGCUCUGGUGCCAAUGCUGAAGGAGCAGCGCAGCCGCGUGGGGCUGACCGUGGUGUCCUGGCCCGGCAGCCUGGCCUAGCACAGCGCCCCCUCAUGGCAGCCGUGUGGGGCUGACCGUGGUGUCCUGGCCCGGCAGCCUGGCCUAGCACAGCGCCCCCUCAUGGCAGCCGUGUGGGGCUGACCGUGGUGUCCUGGCCCGGCAGCCUGGCCUAGCACAGCGCCCCCUCCUGGACAAGCCUCGCAACUGCAUCCUCCAUCCAGCCAGACAGACAGAAGGCUAUACUGUACUGAGUAGCUGAUCAGGACUAAACCAGG